ACUGGCUAACCAGCUGGCCGUUGCCUUCUAAUCCUCUUUCUCGCCCUCUGUUUUUCUCUCUCUCUCUCUCUCUCUCUGUCGAUUGUUUCCGCCGCCGGGACAUUUCGCGUGCGUGUAACAUGGUAAUCGCUAUUUGUGGAUAUUCCGCGUGGCUAGUAGAAACAUCUACGAUGUGCGAGCGGUGCGACGGGCCGAUCGGAUGAGAGGACGCUGCACCGCGAAUCGUUGUGUGUUUGUGGCAAAGAGUCGUGCAUGACACUGCGUGAUGCAAUUGCGUUCGUGUCGAUGCGAGUUCGCGUAUUACGGUAGUGGCCCGUGAAAGUGUCGGCGAAGCCGUGUGUGUGUGUGUGUGUGUGUGUGUGUGUGUGCGCGCGCGUAGUAACAUGGCCGGUGUCGUUUUGUAAAAAUAAUUUCUUCGUGUCGCGUCGCGAUUCAAUGACGCUCGAUUUUAAUGACGCCCUCGCUCCAUUUACACAGAAAUUUAAUUAAAGAUUUUUAUGUCCAACGCUGUGAAUAUAAGUGUGAUUUGUUUUAUAAAUAUAGCCGCGUUAUCGGCGACUGUCACAGUAUUGAACGUGUCAGCGGUAGCAAUAUCGCCGUUCAACGAUGAGUUCUCUCGCUUCAUCGAAUCGCCGAGAACUCCGUCUUCGGAGCGUUUUUCGAGGCGCGAAAUCAAAGGCGAUUUUUCCACCGCGAAACUCGAGCGUUUCGCGCCGCAACUUUCACUGGUGAUUAACGAUUAUCGCGGUGGCGGUAUUCGCGAACUAAAGAGUGCAACGAAACGUUCCGCCGAUUCGAUCCGCAAUAAUUACCGAUCGUUCCCGCGGCAAUCUGCGAUCGGGCGAUUCGCGCGAGCGAGUUCUCGGGUUUCGCUAAACGUUCAUUCGUCGCCUAAAGCAUCUGUGGUCGCGUGAUAAAUAGCGUCGCUCCGCCACGCUCUCGACGCAAGGUCGUUCCGUCGCUACGAUUACUAUUUGGAUGGUGACAGAAUCCGCGCGAUCGCCAAGCCAAAUCGGAUUGUGCCAGCCGAGUGAAAAUUUGACUCGCGAAUAUUGGAAGACGUUCAAAAGUAUCCGAGUCGGAAUACGCAGUGUCGAUCGAGGAAUCGCGGCGGCAAGAUCGCGGCUUGGAAGGACUAUGCGCGACGAUAUCGGAUCGGAUCCGUGUCAAGGCGGGUGAGCGGUGCGCGAUUAGUGGUGAAUUGUCAAACGUAUUGCCACGAUAACCAUCUGCAAUUAAUUUCAUCUCCCAUUUCACUUAGCGCCGAGAAAUUCUGCUCGUCAAAAAAUAUUCAACGAUAGCAAGGACAAGGACUGCGCAAUAACGAACACAUGGAUAUUUCUGACUGAUUUAUGAGAUUCUGCAAUUCUAUACUUUGUGAGGAUAACAAUUAAGACGUCAAGAACAAAUUAGCGAUAAAAGCGCUACAUUCCUGUUGUUCGGUAAUUUAAUAGGCGCGUUCGAUAUCGAGGCAUGUUGAGCGUCGGCGAAAAAAAAACCGAACAUAAUAAUUCGUCGAAAUUAAUUUAAUUCGAGCGGAGUCGAGAUGGAUCGGAGUUUUAAGAACAACGCGGAUUUCAAGAUGAAUCAGCAGAACUUCAAGCUGAGCGACUUCGGGAUCGACGUGAAAUCCAGUCACGAAUCGAAGACCGUCGGUCAGAGCAGUCAGUGCAAGGUUCGGCGUGGUGCCCACGGCGUCAGCCAGCGGUAUGUUCGCACGGAGAGCGUGCAGCAGGUUCCGAUAAACAGCUCUGGUCGACUCGCGAGCGGCUCGAACUUGCUGCAGGUCGCGUGUAAUCGUUCCCGCGCCAACUCGUGCAACUCGCUGAUGACGUCCAGUGUCAACCAGCACGGGAGCAGUUCGAAUCAGCUUGGGCAGAUGCAGAACGCGCCUGCGUCCGACCGAUUUCAGACGUCCAGCCCGAGUAAUCUAUCCGGAACUGGCUCGAUCAUGCAACUUGGCUCGUCGCCCAGUUAUUGGAAACAAUACGGGGGGCAGGAAAGCGGGUAUGGCUCGGAUGAGUUCCAAGAGUCGCCGAGAUACACAUCGCCGAAAGGUGCCCUUUAUGCUGACUCCUAUUAUAUCGAUGGUAAUACGGCGGGAACCGGUGCUGCUGACUGGACGGGUAGCGGCGGUGGUGUCCAGCCGCCAUACAGCGGCUACGCACCCCCUCACCUGGCGCAGCCAGCUUACCCCAUGCACCUACCCCAUGACCCCAUGGCAUUCUCGGCGAUGUCGCCGAACGGCGAACCUCCAGCGCCGAUUCUGGGCUCAGCGGUGACCAGUGCGGCCUCUCUGCCGCCGAUGUCGACAUUCCGGGGUAGUGCCGCGGUCGCGGCGAACAGCGGCACAGGGGCGCCGUCCCCGGCAUCGUUGCAAUAUACCCAUAGUCCUGGUGCACCGACGACCGCGCCCUCCGCGCCCAACGCAGCGCCCACGACGAACCAGCAAUCUACUACGGAGGACACACUCGGCAAAACCCUCGCAUCCGUCGUAAGCACACGAAUCUAUCCCACGGACCAAUCAGUAUCCAGUUAUAGCAGUAAUCCAUCUACACCCGUCAGUUCGCCACCACCUUUAACCGGCUCGGCGCCGGGCUGGGCACCUGGAGCCGCGCCAGUGUCUCCGCAUUUUACAGCGGACCCUAAUCGCGGUAUCCACAUGGGGGCACGGAUGGAGGAGCGACUAGACGAUGCCAUAAACGUUUUGAGAAAUCACGCCGAGAGUCAAGUGGCCCUUCAUCUCGCCCCGGUCGGUCCACACGGCGGGAUAUACUCUCAUACCUCACCACCGCAGUUGGAUCAUUUGGCGAGUCCACAUCCUGCGGUAACGGUAACGCAACCUCAGGGUUCCUACCCCGGUCUUACGCCCACGCCUGACACAGACGGUUCAAUUAAAAUCGAAAGGUUACCUGUGACGAAUGCCAAAAAGAGGAAAGAUCCGCCCGACAGUAGCGGGGGCGAAACAAAGCCGUCGAGCAGCGAACUCGCAGCGGCCGGAGUGAUCGGCGCUGCUACGGUCAAUUCGACGUCACAAGGAAAGGGAACGAAGCGAUCGCGCAGAUAUUGUUCGAGCGCUGACGAGGACUGCGACGAUCCCGGCACCAAAGCGGUGCGCGAAAAAGAACGUCGACAGGCCAACAACGUGCGUGAAAGCGCUGAGGACGAAGACGAUGAUCCUGAUAUGAAGGCACAAAGAGAGAAAGAGAGGCGGCAAGCAAAUAAUGCUAGGGAAAGGAUACGUAUCAGGGAUAUUAACGAGGCUUUGAAGGAACUUGGUAGAAUGUGUAUGACGCAUCUGAAGACGGAUAAACCUCAAACGAAACUCGGUAUUCUCAAUAUGGCUGUCGAAGUCAUAAUGACACUCGAACAACAAGUUAGAGAACGAAAUCUUAACCCGAAGGCUGCGUGCUUAAAAAGAAGAGAAGAGGAAAAAGCCGAGGAUGGUCCCAAGUUACCAGGCCAUCUUGCAGCACACAUAGCACAUCCGCAUUCUCAUCCGCAUACACACUCCCAGCCACCUUUCCCCGCAUUACCUGGUCCACAACCUUCCCUUCAGCACAAUCCUCCGCAACCGCAGUAGCAGCGGCUCAGCGGCGGUGUCAUUCUGUGUUAAGGGGUAGAUACAUCUUAAAUCGAUGAAUUUACGAAUAUGACUUGCAUAUUCAUAUAUAAAUUUGUUUCUGCUCUUAUGUGAGUUGUGCGAAUGUAUAAAAAAUUAUGAAUAUUACGCGCACCGUAAUAGAAAGAAGAAAAGGAAAAUUUCUUAUCUUGUGUCUUUAAUAUAUCUUGAUUUAUUACAUAUUUGACAUAUUUGUACAAUCUUUUUAAAGAUUGAGCCACUUUGACCAAUUGAUGUACUGUCAAUCGAUUGGACGAAUAUGUUUCAACGUCACGAUCGGACUGGCGUAAUAAUUAAUAUCCAUAAUUUUUGCACAGCUCUUCUAAAAUAUGCAGUUAACAAAGAAAGAAAUUUUGUAUGCUCACGCAAGCAUAGCGCAAGUAGUUUUAAGAAGCAUCUACCCACUCAAGGCGGCUUCAAAUUAUUUUUAUAAAUAGCGAAAAGAAAAAAACAAAGGAAUAUGGUUCCUCUCUUUCGAGAUAUAUAAUGUGUAGUACGAUCGAGGUUUUAUUAACGGUCGAACUUCGCUGCUGACUCAUGUUAAAUUGCCCAUUUCUGUGUAUACACUACCGACACAUUGCGUUUACGUUAUAGCGCGCAAUAGCUAGGAAGAGAACUCGAGUUGGCGGAAAACAGAGCCACUGACUAAAGAUAAAAUUAAAGGCAGCAUAUUUACUGAUUUAUCUAGAACUUAGAUUGUUUGAUUGUCGAAAUUGAUAGAAUCGGUGCCGCGAAUCGAAGUGGAAAUCCCUUGUGUGACUUGCUUGUUUUUGGCCGAGUAUAAAUUGUAUAUAAUAUACAAAAAUAUGUAAUAUAUUAAUGUAUGUAUGUUGCCUUUAUAUUGAUCAUUAGACGCUGGCAAUACUGUACAUAGACUAUUGUUUACGAGCGUUCAGAAUGUGAAUUGAAGAUGCUAGCGGUUCGUUCACGCUCGCGAGAAAUAUUACAUAUAUAACAUAUAUAACUGGUUUCGCGGUGUCACAAGAAAAUCGCAUUCUGAAACACUUGCAUCUUCUCUCUCGAUACAACUUGAUUGAAGGAGAAUAAAAAAGAAUAAUUGUUUAAAUAUAGAAAUAAUAAAUAAAUUAAUAAUUUUAUUGAGUGCAAAAAUAUAAAGAUUAUCAAGAUUGGCAAUGGUAUAUAAGCCAGUGAAAGCACGCAAAAAGCCGGCCGAAAGCAAUACUCCUCUUACGAGAUUUAAUCAAAUGAAAAACAUGUUACAUUGUUAAAAAGAAAUAUAAUUUUAAUCAAUUUAUA